GGGAGGAGGAGGGCAGUACAGUUGGGGCAACCUUCUACAGUUGAGGCACCUCCCUGGAGGCUGUGACCAGUGCUGUGAGAGCUUGAGUGAGCUCUUGGGCCAGCCCAGGUGGUGUGUCUGGUCCUCCCUGGAGGUGUAUAGAUGGGAGCAUUGGUACAGGCUCUGCUAAUGUGUGGCAGAGCAUCUGCCAGAUUAGACUCAGAGAGCAGCGUAGAGUUGUGUAAGGUGGAUGGUCUGUUCAGCCUGGUGGCAGAGCUGAGAGAGGAAGGAGAAAGGCUGGGAAGUAUUGGGGGCUCUGAGGAGGAGGUCAGCUAGUGAAGCUGUACUCCACCUUCUCGAAGACAAACACACCUGCUUUCCAAGGUUGUCAGAUCUUGGAACAGGCUGCCCAGAGAUGUGGUAGAGUCACCAUCUCUUGUACUGUUCCAAAGAAAGUGUGAAUAUGGUCAUGGUUUAAUGGUGAACAUGAUGGCUGUGCCGGGUUGACGGCUGCACUUGAUCUUAAAGGUCUCUUUUAACUCUGAAGUCUAUGGUUUUAAAGAGUGCAGGUCUAUUCACUCGGUAUGUAUUUAUGGUAGUAUACUUGUGAGUUGUGUUAGUGGCUUACACCUGCUGGCUCUACCUCUAGGAGAACAGUAGGUCAUACAAGAGGAUUACUGCGCUUUGCUUGCUGCUCUCAGCUUUACUUUUUUUGCCUUCGCUGCACGUACCACCCACACAUUCCCGCGCUGCCCUCAGACCGGGCCCCGCCCCACUGCUCUGCGCAGGCGCGAAGCGCGCGGGCCGCCGGGAGCCGCGGGGUUUGAGUGAGGGCGAUGGCGGCCAUGUCCGGGAAGUUGGAGCAGGAGCAGGAGCAGGAGCAGGGCAGAGCUCAGGCGUGGCCCCAGGGCGGCCACGACCUGGAUGUCCUCAAGCUGCUCCGCCUGCGGGACCAGAUGAAGCAGCAUCUCAUGGAGUACAGCGCGGCCGUUCGUGGCGGUGAAACAACUUUCCUCCAUCAGGCUGUUGAGGAAAAGCAUAUUCAAAGUGUCACAGAAGAGUUGGAAACAAAUAAAGAGGAAACAGAAGUCUCUUUCUGGAACAAGACAUUGGCCUUGCAAAGGAUCCAGUUGAUGGCUGCCCUGAGAAACAAAGUGAAUCAAAAUGAUGAAGACUCAUGUCUGAUCCUGGAAACAGUGAAUCGCAUAGUGUCGCUCAGCCAGACAAUAAUCAAAUAUCAGCAGCUGGCACAUGAGAAGAAACAGAAGUUGAUUGACAUUAAAAGGAAAAGACUCUCACUAAAAAAUGACCAAAGAAGAAAACUACAGCAAAUUCAGACUAUGCAGAAAAAACAAAAGAAGGAAAAAGGAAAUCAGAACCUGGAUGAAGCAAAGAUGCUUCAGAACUUAGAAAAAGAAAGAUUGAUGACUACAGUAAUUCAAAAUGUGUUUCAGAAUAUCAUAAUUGGAAGCGGAGUUAACUGGGCAGAAGAUCCAUCUUUAAAGGCGAUUGUUCUACAGCUUGAAAAAGAUAGCCUUCUUCCAUGAAUCAGGAGAAAUAUUGUUUUUCUCUCUAGAGACUCAGAAUGUGUCCAUGCAACUCUGUGAAGUGAAAUUAAAUUUCUGACACACAACAAAUGUUUGAAUGGGUAAUGCAACUGAUGAAAUGAAACUGCCUGAAGACCCACUUCAUAGCUGUCCUGUCUGAAAACCUCAUUUCUCUCUGAAAGACAGCAAUAAUGCAAGAAAGAUGAAUAAUCUGUGUAUUUCAAGCGUUUACGUAUAAGUGGACUUAAACCAA